AUGUUUCGUCGUAUGGCCGUGACUUCGUUGCAGAAGGGUCUUUCACGCCGGGCUUUCUGCAACACCCUGCGACUUCUUAACCUGGACUACCAAGCAUAUAAGACUGCCACGGUGCGCGAGGCAGCACCUGAGUGGGCAGGAAAAGCUGUCGUGAAUGGAAAAAUCCAGGACAUCAGCUUGAAUGACUACAAGGGCAAGUAUGUUGUUCUUCUUUUUUAUCCUAUGGAUUUUACCUUUGUGUGCCCCACAGAAAUCACAGCCUUUUCAGAUGCUCAGGCAGAAUUUGAUAAGAUUAACACCCAGGUCGUGGCUGUAUCAUGCGACAGCCAAUAUUCACACC